AUGAUUUGUACUAUGCAUUGACCAUUGAUGUGUGUCUUAUCGGCUAGGUUUCGAGGUAAAACUGGAAUUGGACAGUAAAUCAUCAUCGAGUGGUAUGCUGAAGGUUACAAUAGCCGGAGUAGAAGGUGGUGUAUGCGCGAGUGGAACUGACGAUAAAGUAGCAAAUGUUGCCUGUAAUCAACUCGGAUUUGCUGGAGGUGUACUCUACAACACGCCCAAUAUGAACAAAUUGCCGAUUUUAAUGUCGGAUGUGAAGUGUUCUGGCAAUGAGAAGUCAUUGAACAAAUGCUACUUUACCUCUAAGAGUAUAAUUAAAUGGUGUGAUUUCUAUGCUCCAAGAGUUGGUGUUAUAUGUUCCCAAAUUAAUGAUGGGGCGAAUUAUCGUUUGGUAGGGGGAAGUGAUAAACAAAGGGGUCGAGUGGAAUUUCGUUAUGAUGGUGUAUGGGGGGCAUUUUGUGACGUUGCUGUGAAUCAAAAAAUAGCCCAAGUGGCGUGUAGGCAACUAGGAUAUGUAGAUGGUAUACGGAUGUCAGGCAUCAAAUAUCAGACGGACAAUAAUACACCUUUUUGGUUUACAAGAUUGGGCUGCUUCGGCAACGAGACAACUUUAUUUACAUGUACCAAUGAUGGUUUUAAUAACAGAGAAAACCAACAAAAUAUUUUCGCCCGAGCUUGUAGGAGUACAACCGGGCCACUGGCAGUUAGCUGUUUCAGUUCCAAAUUAAGAAUAACAAAUCUUCGACUGUCAGGAGGUGGCGCCAACUAUGGAAGGGUUGAAGUUUAUCUAGAAGGUCCAAACUUGUGGGGGACAGUAUGCGAUCAGUAUUGGUCAGAUGAUGACGCCACUGUGAUCUGCAAACAAAUUGGUUUUAAUACGGGUAUCGCGGUAACAAGUGCAAAGUUUGGACAAGGAACUGGUCCCAUAUGGCUUCAGAAUGUCGGUUGCUCGGGAAAUGAGCAUAGCUUUAAUGAAUGUUCACACAAUGGAUAUUCCGCUCAUAACUGUUCACACCGAAACGAUGCUGGUGUUAUCUGUAAAGGUGUCUUCGUUCCGUUAAGUAAAACCACACCAAAAGAAGAACUCGAUGUUGUACAUGUUAACAGCUCUAUUAACCAGAUCGUGGCACCUUCAUCGAUCAAUUUUGGAAUUAGUGUCGGUGUACCAAUUUUUACCAGUUUCCUCUUAGUUGGAAUUAGUUUUGCCAUUUUUGUGAUUUAUAAACGCAGAAAACAAGCAUCGGAGAUUAAUCAAUCAUUGGUAGAGAAUGAAACGUCAGGGACCACGGUGGUGUUUUCGGGCCUUGCAGAGUUCUUCGCUCGUCUGAAGCCGAAAAAUUCUUACCCGGCAUCGCAAUCGUUUGAUGUUAAAAAUCCAGUUUACAAUGUUGACAUUAACUCUCCUCAAAAUUAGACCCCAUUGUAUGUUUAAAGAAGUUUUAAUAUUGUGUAUUUUAUCAAUAAUAUAUUAUUUGUUUUAUUGAUAUGGAUAGCUACAAUUUAUUGGUUACUAUUAUUUGACGUUUGUAGCACGCGGUGGGAGCGUACCAAAUACCGAACCUGACAACCGGGCAAUAUAAAAAUUUGAAUAAUAUUAUUUUGGAAUCCGGAACGUUUAAUACGCUAAAUAUCAAUAGGGUUUGCUAUCUCAUGGCUCCAGUGCUUCAAACACAAUUUCAAAUAAAUUCGUUUAAAACUGUAUCCCCUAUCGCGUUCAGAAGGGUUUCGCGUUGCGGAACGCUGAAUAUCGAUAGGGUUAGUUCUCGCACGAGCCCAAUGCUUCACACCAAAUUUGAAAUAAAUCCGUUCAAAACUAUAGCCUCUUAUUUCGUUAACACGGUUUGCGAAACAGGGAGAGUAACUAAGAAGAUUCUCGAUAGGGUUCCUCCUCUCAUGAUUCCAAUGCUUACACCUAACUUAAAAAAAACAACAACCAGAAUCUGCUAAAAAGUAUAGCCACUUUCGCGUUCACAAGGUUUUCAGAAACAGGGGCAUAACUCAAGAACGCACCAAAAUCAAAGUCAUCCGAGAUCUAGAGGGUCCACAAGUUAUGUACGCAAUUUUCGUACAAUCAGGCGGUUCGAUAUCCGCCUAAUUCGAACCCCUCCUGGAUAUACACAUAUAUUUAAGUUUAAUAAAAAUCGGAUAAAAUUUGUGAUCUCUAAAGUCUAAUGUCAAGAAUCUGAAUUGCAGUAAUAUUUAAAAUGUCAGUUUUGUUAGUUUUUAGUUUUCUAUUCUAUCAACAAUGUCGUUCAGAACGGGGCCAAUUAGUUUAGUAGAAACGCACCGUCAUCAAGAUUUUUACUAUUUAUAUAUUUUACCGUUAUAAGACUAUUAAAAUAUUAUUGCUCCAUUCACGUUAUUUUGAACUAGGAUUUUUUUUUUUCAUAGCUGUUUAUAAUGCUUCCAAACAGUUUCACAGUGGUAAUGCGAAAACUCCCUGUAACCACUGUACAAGAUGAAUCAUCUUUAAGGUCACACCUAGUAAAGUUCUACUUGUGACGUCUCAUAAUAUGGCGUCGAUAACGCGUGCGUUGUUAAAUCGGACUAAGUCCGGGCAGAAUGGACCCUUUUUACGAGUGCUGGCUGAAAAGUUCUAAGCCCUAAUAUAAUAGAUCUAUUGGGUUGAAACAUACUUUUGCCACCAAAAAGUACAAUCAUUGAAUGAAUCAUAGACAUAGUGUUAUUACUGUCUUCGUGCCAGACCAUCUUGUGAACCUUCCCAUUGAAAUGAACAAAACUGGCUAUAGGACAGCCAUCAAGUAUCUGCAACUGAAAGGACUAACCCCAACACAGAUCAUGGUAUUGGUCUCCACUUUAGGGGAUGAUGCCCCUUCCUUUUCCACAGAGAGAGCCUUGAUGAUGACCCGCGACCUGGAAGGCCAUCAACAGGAACCAUUCAAGAAAACCUUACCCGGGUGCAUGACAUAGUGAUGGGUUAUCGACGAUUGACCACUUGACAUGUUGCCAGUAAUGUGGCCAUCUCUCAUGAGAGGGUUGGGCACACUAUCGCCAACGAAUUAGGAAUGACAAAAGAUUCUGCAAGAUGGGUGCCAAAGCUCUUGACUGCAGAUCAGAAACGUGACAGAUUCUUGACGCCCCGUGACAAUCUCCAAACAUAAAAAAAGAACCAACCGGUCGUCAAUUUCCUAGUAAAGAUGAAGUUAUGUCAGUUUUGAACGAACGACAUUUUUUUAGGGCGGCAGAAGAGAAUUUCUUCCUGACAAAAAUAAAUGGAACCAUCCACUUUUUACAGGUCUUCCGCAGAUAGGCUUAGAACUUUUCAGCCAGCCCUCGUAUGUACCCAUUUACACUAAACAGGAAAUGUUUUUAGCUAGAUAUAGGCCUAUACAAACACCUUAUUUAUUUUUAUACGCUCCCAUUUUCAUAUGGACACUCUACAGGUCACAAUUUUUAUCCGAUUUUGAUGAAACUUUAAGUAUAGGUCUAUAUCCCACAGAUCUCGGUUCCUUUCGAAAUUGGCAUGACAUUGUAUCGGACCGUAACUUCAAGGAUUAUGGCCCCUGAGUGUACGAAAAAUCACGUUUUUAAUGAAACUUAUAAUGUAUGUUUAUAAUCCACAGAUCUCGGUUCCUGUCGAUAUACGGACACCUCGGAUUGUACCUUCCUGGAUUAUCGCCCAUGAUUGUACGAGGUCACAAUUUUUAUCUGAUUUUAAACAAAAACGUUCGAAUAUAUCAUCGAACCAGAACUGCCGGAAGUGGGUCCUCUAGAAGUAACGAUUUGUAUUCAGUUUUAAAAAUCGUUUAAACAUAUCACUGUUACACCCCAGUGAAGGGUGAGUUCGAAUUUCGUAAAAUUCCGACCGAAACUGACGGACAAAAUGGCUGCUACUUGUACGCAAAUAGACGUUGUGUACCCUCUAGAGGUAAUACCUGUUAACCGAUUUUGAUGAAACUUGAAAUGUAAAUGUAUCCAAAGAUCUCGAAUCCUGUCGAUAUUCGCGCAGAUCGGAUCGUAACUUUCUGGAAUAUUGCCCCUGAUAGUACGAAAAAUUGCGUUUUAGCUUGUGGUCCCUUACGAGGUUACAAUUUUUAUGCGAGUUAAAUAACAUUACAAAUAUAUCACAUAUUCCUCGCAGUGUUUCGUUGGUACUGAGUCAAAGAAGUUUUGUUCAAAUAGCGAGUUUCAACGACGGCCAAAUUUGCCGAUGCGAUUAAGCGGUCAGUCAUAUAAAUUCUCUUCAUUUUACUGUACUCGGGAGAGAUUUGAUUGGACGAUGAGAAUGGUCACACUUGUCAAAAACUCAAGUUUUCAGUCUCAGUACAACAAUGACUAGAGAGGGAUUUCUCUGGUCAUUGCUUCAGAAAUAUGGUAAUACCCAGGUUGUGGACCCCCUGGAGAUCACAAUUAUUGUCGGAUUUUGAUGAAACUUGAAAUAUAUGUUUAUAUAGAUCUCGGUUCUAUUUGAUAUUCGCGCAUAUCAGAUUGUAACUUCAUGGAUUAUGGCCCCAGAUUGUACGAAAAAUCUGAUUUUUUAAGCUUGUUCUCUGUCCAGCUCUUGCAAUAUGUGGGCGUAUUUUGCAUGGCAACCGCUUGUUUUAAAAAAUGGUUUUAGAUUUUAAUUUGCAGAAGAAAAAAAGAGUUAAUAUUGAAAGCUGUCAUCCCGAUGAGUGGUAUGGGCGGCCAAGUUAAUAUUUACUGCUGAUCAGUUUUUAAUGUUUCCCAUGAAAUUACCUUCGUCAAUCAAGCCCUUUAAUCGGCUGGACAACGUUAAGCAAACUGGUUUAGCUCGAAAAUUUUCAAUCCAUGAGCAAGUGAUUAUUAUAACUGAAACAACAGCGAAAUAGCGUUGGUUGGGAAUCUAGUAGGGUGCUCACGAUUUUAAUGCUUUUGAAUAUAACAUUUUAAGUGUAUUUAAUGGCGAUAAAUGGGGAAACUAAGCAAAGAUUGUCUUAAAUAUUACUGGUGGCAUAUAUUUGGGGAUUUAAUAACAAAACAAGAAUUGACAACGUCAAGCUUUUGGUUAUAGAUUGACACCUUUCUAAAUAAAUUCACGAUUUUUGUAAACAUGUACAUAAAGAUAUUUAUAACGUUUGCAGGACCCCUGGGGUGUUCGAAAAUAAAACUCGAAAGCUAUAAUAUUGAUAGUUAUAGCGAAAUGAAAUGGGGUUUAAUGUCAUACUUUUCUCCUGCAUCCGCAUUAAUGAAGACGGGGUAGUUGUAGUAAUACAAUAUAUACAUACAACUAACGCGGCUCUCAUUAAUCACCUUAAAAAUAAAUACCCUUCCUUGCUGACAGGCCCGUAACUAAAAAAUUGUCGACGAUAAAAAAAAAUAGAUAUACAUCCGUCAAUUUUACAGCACCCCUGAGAAAACUUUCCGCCCCCCCUCGUUGCUCUGAGCUACGUAGCUACGGUCAAUUGAAUGUCUGGGAAAAUAAACUGAUUUCCUUUACGCGGCCCGCUGUUGUAGAUUCUUAAUGUGCUUUAAGGUUAGUACGCCGGCCAAUUGAAGGGCCAGAACCACUUUGCUAGCUUCCCAACUGGGGUUGCAACAAUUACUUGCUCGUGGAUUGAAAGUAGUUCACCUCUUGAUUAACGGACUGGUUUAACAAGACUAAUUUAUACGAAAUAUAGACAGCUAGAAAAAAAACAGCGGCUGCCAGGCAGGAUACGCCCACAUUUUGCAAGAGAUGGAUAGAGAACAAGCUAAAAAAAACCGGGAUUUUUUGUACAAUCUGGGGCAAUAAUCCAGAAAGUUAUGAUCUUAAAUGCGCAAAUAUCAAAAGGGACGGAGCUCGUUAGGAUAUAAAGAUAUGUUUUAAGUUUGAUCUAAAUCGGAUAAAAAUUGUGAUCUCUAGAGGGUCCACAACCUUCGAAUUACAUACUUUUACACAAUUUGCUUACAAGGAGCGACCAUUUUCUCGGGCAGUUUCGAUCAAAUUUUACGAAAUUCAAACUCAACCAUCAUUAUGGUGCAACGGUGAUAUAUUGAAACGGUUUUUAAAAUCAGAUAAAAAAUUAUGACCUCUAGAGGGUCCAAUGGCUAAAAACGCGAUUUUUCGUACAAUUAGGGGCCAUAAUUCAGAAAGUGAUGUUCCGAUAUGCGCGAAUAUUGAAGGUAACUGACAUCUGUGGGUUAUAAACAUACAUUUCAAGUUUAAACCAAAUCGGAUAAAAAUUGUUAUCUCUACAGUGUGCACAAGCUAAAAACGUGAUGUUUCGCACAAUCAGGGGCCAUAAUCCAUGACGUUACAGUCCGAUACAUGCCUAUAUUGAAAGGAACCGAGAUCUUAAGGAUAUAAACCUAUAUUUCGAUAUAAGAGUAGGCCGUAGUGCCACUGUCCUGGCAAAAUUUCCCUCAUAGCACACUGUAUGACGUAUGCCCGUCUUCAUUAGCCCAGUUCGGAGCAGAACAGUAGGACGUUAAGCCCAUUUCAUUUCAUUUAUUGCCUAAAAUGGGGCAUCGGUACCUUAAACAUACUUUAUGCAAGAGCUAAAUCUCGAUGUCAUCGCUAGCCUGCGAUAUUUAUCGGAUUAGGAUCGGAUUUGAUGCUCAACUUCCAUUGAUGUUUUAAUCAUGAAAUUGAUAAUCGAGACUAUGUUUUUUAUCGUUCCGACUUUAGUAAUGAUGAUCGAGGCUAGACCGAAAAGUCAAUCGCUAAAUUUUCGGGUUAAAGUGAAUCAAUUUGACUGAAAUUUUCAGCAAAUUCCCUUUACAUUAUCUAGGUUUUAACUAUUAUAGUGAGAACUGCCAGCUCUUUAUCUAAUCUUCCAUAAUGUAUCUUUAAUUAAAUAGCAUAUUGAAAAAUAGACCCAACAUAAUUGUUAAUCAAGUAGGUACAAUUUUUUUCAUAGAGCCCAUUUACAUGUAUUGCGUUGUGGGGCACACAAUCCCGUGGAUUUCUCCAAUCACGUUUUAGGCAACGUGCCAGGUUUGGGGUUUUUUUUACAGUCAUCUCCGAGCUAUUGAAACCCGAAUGUGUUAUGUUGAUAUCUUUCCAUCAAAUAAUUUUACCGGCCUCUUGUUCACAUUCUCUGGUGACAUUUUAUCGCAUCUUUUGUACAUGAGUGACGCAUCUCAACUAUUUUACAACCACGUACCAAUCAAGGUCUAAUCAUACCAGUCAGUUACAAUAUGUACAAAUAAUAUCUAAUUUUAACCCUGUUACGUGUUGAUAAUAAAUCAUGUUUUAUAUGUAUUCGUGCGUGUAUAGCAAAAUUAUAACGAUGUCACUGAACAGGCACGAUGUUGUAAUUUAGCUGCUUUAUAAUCAUAUUUUAUGCUUUAUAUUAAAUAAAUUU